AUGUUUGAAUUCAAAAAAAAAAAGAUAGAUCUGCUCCAGCUUGCUGCCAUCCAAGAAGCACGAGCCAGAACCCAGCGUCAUUCAGUUUUCAUUCUUUUGCGUGAUUCUGUACAAUCCACCGAAUCCCUGUACUGCAGUCACAAAUGUGAAAGACAGAGCUUUCGAAUGUCGUUCGAUACGACAGUACAACUUCAAACGUGA